CAAACAUAAGAUGGUUACGUCAUCAAAACGCGCUGUUGCUUUGGCAACGUUUGUAACGGUUAGCCUUCCUAUUAGCUGUGUAGCCUUCGCUAACCAUCGAUCUCGAUGCCAAAAAUAAGCUCGGACACAUUAUGGGAGCUGGCUGCGGCGGAGGUGCACAACCGGGAGAGCGGAGGUGCAGAGGACAGAGACGGUGGAGAGGCUGUGAACGAGCGGACGGUGCUUCUGAUGGGGAGCAAAGCUGGGGGCAAAACGUCCAUUCUCCUCAGGUGCUUGGACAGAGAUGAACUAGCCAAACCAACUCUGGCCUUGGAGUACACUUUUGGCAGACGAGCACGAGGACACAACACGCCCAAAGACAUAGCACACCUAUGGGAGCUGGGAGGAGGGACCUCUUUGUCAGACCUCGUCCAGAUCCCCAUCACUCCUGUCACCAUCAGCUGUCUCUCAGUCAUCCUCGUCCUGGACCUGUCUAAACCCAACGCUCUGUGGGGAACAAUGGAGAAGCUACUGCAGGCUGCACAGGCUCACCUAGAGAGAACCUCCUCCCAAGUACAGAAAUCCAAACCUGGAGUCAAACACCAGACUCCCAGCCACUCAGCAGCACGCGUCUUACCUAAAGACUAUCCUGACAGAGAGUUGAUCAGUCCCUUUCCUGUUCCUCUGCUCAUCAUCGGCAGCAAGUACGACAUCUUCCAGGAAUUUGACUCUGACAAGAAGAGAGUUGUCAGUAAAACACUGCGUUUUAUUGCUCAUUACUACGCGGCCUCUCUCGUUUUCACUAGCAUCAAAUCAGAGAGCCUUAUAUCAAAAACCAAGAGCUUCUUCUUGCACCUGGCUUUCGGUUUGGAGAGAGGGAAAACUGUUUCCUCUGACCCCCUCAAGCCGCUCAUCAUUCCCACAGGCUCUGAUUCCUUCGGUCAAAUAGGUUCCCCACCUACUGUCGAUGUGGAUAUAACGUCUCUCCAUGCUAAAAAUCCAAAAGACCUCUGGAAGAAAGUGUAUGAGCGUGUCUUCCCCCCAGAGAGUACAAGUGAGCAGAGAGAGCUAAAGGAUCCAGCCAAAGAUCCCCAGUACAGUGAGCCUCAGAUUGAUGCCAUGAGAGCCCAGAAAGACCAGGAGUUGGAGCAGUAUAAAAGGAAUGCAGCGAAAUCAUGGAAAGGUCUAGAGCUGGAGACAUGAGAUGUCUUCUGCUUUAUUACACACAUACAACAUGUUAUAAUGUACAUAGGGUAUAUAUAUUGUAUUUGUUUACUUUUGUAUUAUAUUUUCUGUUGUACUUUUCUAUAAUUACAUAAAUAAAUGCUGACAUUUUAAUCAAGAAAAAUAUAGUUUUAGCUUACCAAUAAUAAUGUUUGUUCUUCCAAACAAAUUUAUGUUUUUUUUCUUCCCGGCAAUCAGUGGUUCUAGGAUUAAGGUUACCA